GUCGGAAAGCCAGUUUAGGAGCCGAAAGGUACAAAGAUGGCGGAGGUUUCCUUGGGAAGUACAAGCCCAGUUGGCUCUUUGUCAUCGGAAGAUCACGAUUUUGACCUAACGGCAGACAUGCUGGUGCACGAUUACGAUGACGAACGUACUUUAGAGGAGGAAGAGAUGAGAGAUGGAGCAUCGAGCGGGAGCUCCGAAAUCGCUGAUCUGGAGAAGGAGGGGAACAUGCCGUUGGAAGAACUGCUGGCGUUGUACAGAUAUGAAGCUGCAGACUGUGCAGUCGGAGGCUCGAGUGCAGACAGCUCGUCUGUAGAGCUAACUGAUGAGCUGCCCGACAUGACGUUAGAUAAAGAGGAGAUCGCUAAAGAUCUGCUGUCUGGAGACGAUGAAGAAACUCAGUCUUCUGCUGAUGAUCUCACACCGUCUGUGACGUCGCACGAAACAAACGAUUUCUUCCCCAGAACUCUUCGAUCGAACACUGUUUACGAUGGAGACAAAGAGUCUGAGGGAGAGGAAGAUGGUUUGAACCCUGAAGAUUCCCGCAAGGAAAUCAUGGUGGGGUCUGACUAUCAAGCAGAAAUUCCCACGCUUGCCUGUUAUAAUGACCAUGAAAAAGUGUAUGCCGAGGAAGAUCAGCUACUGUGGCAGCCGGACAUGUUGCCCGAGUCUAAAGUCAAAAGCUUCUUACAGGACGCUGCUCUGAGUGUGGAAGGACAGAUGGAGGCAGAUGGACCGUGUUCUCUCGUCAAAGACAAUGAGCAGGCCUUAUAUGAGCUCUUGAAAUGCAACUACAAUGUCCAGAAAGCUCUUGAACGGUAUCGCAGCAGUGAAAAAUCUUUAAAAGAUGAGAUGCUCCCGUGGUCUGAAGAAGAAUGUCGAAAUUUUGAGCACGCUCUUCUGUUGUACGAGAAGAACUUCCACCUCAUCCAGAAACACAAAGUCAACACGAGGACGGUGGCCGAAUGUGUCGCAUUUUACUACAUGUGGAAGAAGUCUGAACGAUUUGACUUUUUCGUCCAGCAAAACCGAUUUGGAAAAAAGAAGUUCAGCAGUUAUCCUGGUGUUACGGAUCUGAUGGACCGGUUGGUGGAUGAGGCCGAGGGUUUGGUCGAUGGAUCUGCAUCAGUGUGUUCCAGCAGCAGCAGCAGAAUAGAACCUCCAACCGAACAACAACUCAACAUCCUGAACUCCAUCACAGCCAGUGACCUCUCCGCAUUGACGAGCACUGUGGCAUCGGUGUGUAACCCAGCAGACGUGAGCUGUCUGGACUCCUACAACUUCUCCCCACUUGACGGGCUGCACCGUGGCACGCUGAGUCACGAGGAACCUCUCAAUUAUUCCAACAACAGAGACGGCGACUGUCUGAACCUGCUCGAAACAGGUUUCUAUCACUCAGACCUCAGCCAGAUUAACGUGUGCAGCGAGGACUGCGAACGGCCCCCAGCCAAACGGCUCAAAAUGGGUCUGUCAGAACCGUUCAUAAACGACGUAUCAGUCGGCAACAGAAACAUGGGUGUGGACUACGAGAGCCGCACGCGCCACAUCACGAGUGCAAAAAUGGCGGUUUCGGUCACUGACUUUGCCGGUUUAUCGGCCGGUGAGGCUGGCAGCUUCAUGACCUCGCACGCACUACACCAGCACGUGGCAUUACAGUCCGAGUAAACAAAAGUAGUGCCUUCAAACGGGACUACCUGCAAUCAAAUGUGUACAUAGCCGCUUCCUGGAAAUUCCUUUUUCGUUUUCCGAUUAUAUGCGUGCGUGCGUGCGUGUGUGUGUGUAUAUAUGUGUGUGUGUGUGUGUGUGUGUGUGUGUGUGUGUGUGUGUGUGUGUGUACAGAUUUCUUUUUAGAUUUUUUUUUUUUUUUUUUUACUAUGACAUCAGUGAUGUCUAAUUGUACAGACUUAAAUCUUGAUUUCUCAAGAGUUAAUUCAGCCAUUUAUUUCCAGUCUUGAAAUUUUGGAAGUGUCAUAACGUGUCUACGUCCGAAUACUGUGGAAAACUUGUGAUGGGAGUUAUCGCACAAACUGAUGGAUCUCACACCUUCGGCCGACGGCAAGGUUUUUUUUUUUUAGCCAUGAUGAUUGGCUAUUCAACCUCUCGUCUGUGGUACUUAUCAGUGUUUACAGGUGUUUGUUCCUGGGCCUUGGCGCACAUAGCGGUCAAAAUGGGGCUUUUGGUAUCUACCGUCUGAACACCAUUUGCUCUAAUACCACUGUUGAUGGAGCCAUUUUUUGCACCAUGAAAAAGCAGCUCUAUUUAUUUUACAGUAAAUAGUCAUUGAGCAUCACAACCCUAAAAAUGUAACAUAAGUUGUAAUGAAAGAAGAAAAAAGACUGUAAACAAACAAUGAAUGGUUUUACACAAUUUGUGAAACAUUACGGUGGUUAUUGGAAACUUAAAUAGACCCUUAAAGAAAUAUUUCAGGUUCAAUACAAGUUUAGCUCAAUCGACAGCAUUUGUGGCAUAAUGUUGAUUUACCACAAGAAUACAUUUUGACUCGUCACUCCUUAAAAAAAAAAAAUAGAAUCAACGUUACAGUGAGGCACUUACAAUGGAAGUGAAUACGGCCAAUGUAAACAUAAUACUACCCUGUUUCAAAAGUAUAGCCUCAAAACGUAAACGGUAUGUGUGUUAACAUGAUUUUUAAUGUGAGAAAAUCGCUUCUGUUAAGUUGUAUCCAGUUUUACAACUUCGUUGCAACGAUGUAACGCUGUACACCCUGAAAAUGAGGAUUUAAACAACUUUACAGCUCAAAUAAUACAUGAGUUUUAACAGAAGAAUUAAUAUAAAAUUAUAAGCUUCACAUUUCUACAUUUAAACCCUCCAAAAAUUGCCCCGUUGACUUCCAUUGUAAGUGCCUCACUGUAACCUACUUUUUUGCUUUUUUAAAGAAAAGGACGGACGAGUCGAAAUUCAUUUUUAUGGUAAUCAACAUUAUGCCACAUAACUUAAACCUGGAAUAUUCCUUUUGCUACUAAACGAUUCUUACAACAUAACCUGUCAGAGGUAUAAAAACACUGCGAUGACAUGUAUAAUUUUUCUACUUUGCAUAUUUAUUAGUGUUGUUUAUAUUCUCCCUUCCCUUAUUGCAACUUUUGCUUUAUCGAAUAGUUGAUAGUUGGGCGUAUUUAUUGAAAUAAAGUCCAUUGGACUGCAGUUUGGUCGUUACAGAGAAUAGUCAAACUCUAAGGUUUUUUUUUUUUUCUGAAAUGGUUGUGAAAUUAUUGGCACAUGUCAUGUUGAGUUUGUUUUUUAUUUUCAAAUGUGUACAAGAUCAUUUGUUCAAUAUUUCAGAAUUGCUAUUUAUUUAAAUUGUUUGCAGGGAUUUCUUAAUCACAGUUGGUUGAAGACAUCGGGAACAGAAUUAGCCGCAGUUUUAACGUCUGUUUCCUUUAGUAAACGAUUAUGCAAAGUUGUACAUUUUAUUUCUGUUUAUCUGCCUUUUUCCAUCACUGAUUUCACUGCCUGGUUCCAGAUCUUUGCUUAUAAGACGAGAAUAUCUAUGCAUCUACUUAAAUGAGCGAAAAUCACAAACUACAUGAAAUGUUUUGGAUUAGUUACACCAUGAUUAAAUGGAUCAUAUUUGCCCUUUCAUUUUUCUCCUUUUACAAAUGUAUUUACCUCUUUCUUUCAGAAAAGUUUUACAUACUCUCGAAUGGCAAUAAUAUGUAAAUAUGUACAGAUACAUACAUACAUACUUUUUUUUUCUUCCUCGGCAAACAGACUUGAACUUAAACUUAAAUUCUGUACUUUUGAGUCUGUUCAUAUGCCACAAGAAUGCCUUCUUUACUGUUUCGCUGAAGUUUUUCUUCGUAAGAGAUUUGCUUAAAAAGAGUUAUUUAUUUAUUUAUUCACUCAAUUGCAAGUGGGUGUAGCGUGUUAGCGUUCUGUACUCGAGUGAAAUAAAGUAUCCUCCCAGGAUGUGGGGUUUCUUACCCUGUUUUAACACCAUUGUGGUCCAUUUGGAUACACGCUAGAGAAGGAUCACUGUGUUCACAGGACGUGGUUGAGCUAGCUGAAUGUACAGUAUUAAUGCAUCUUAGGGAUUUACUGAACUCAUUCGAUGACAAGAAUGUUUUUGGUUAAGGCACAACCCGAUUUGCAAUGUUGCCUUAAUCCUCAUUUCAAAACUUGCAUGAUGAAUCUACCUGGAAAACACAAAGACUAGUGAAUUAUGUGCGGUCUUUUUGGAGAGUUUUCAUCUUGAAAGGCUUGUGAUAUGUCUGUAAAAUUGUUUCCUUGUAUCUGCAGCCAGAAUUCUCCAUAUAUAUAUAUAUAUAUUUUUGUCUUUACAUACUUGAAGGAUGUGUAUUGAUACAUUAAAAUACAUUUAAUACAAUAUUCUCCAAUUCAGUCCUGUAGGUUGUGCAAUUAAUUUAUUCUGUCCCUCCCAGGAUUGAAAAGAGUUUAGGAAAUUGUGUUGGUGCAGUAAUUUAUGUCCAAAGUUUGUAAAAAAAUAAAUAAAUAAAUAAAAAUAAGUUAUAGCUUAAUUCAAAUUGUAACAUAGUAAUGGUCAUCUGCUUCCAGGGAAAAAAUUGUACAUUUAAAAACCUUCCCUUAUCUAAUGUUUUUGUAUUUUAAAGUAUACAAUCAGUUUUCUUUCAUUCAUGCUUUUGGAGUAAAAAAAGCUAAUAAAUUUCAGUUCUUCAACACUUUGGUGUAAUAAAAUAAUAGUGUUACAUAGACAAUCAAGCGGGAAUUAAUAUUCGAAAGGAAGUUUUAUCAUUCUUAAUGUUUGUACAGAAGACACUGUUCUUGUUUUGUUUUGUAUUUGUAUUUUAUGUUGUACUUAACUGGCGAUCCGUUCCAGGAAUAAAGUUCUGGAGAUAUUC